CCUGUCCGGUAAGCCCCGCCCCCUGUCCGCCUCGGGGCGCUCCCGGAGCCCCGCGGGCCCGGUCCCUGCCCUGUCCCGGCUCCCCGCGCCCCUCGGCCUGCGGGACACGGCGUGGGUCCCUCCCCGGGCACCAAGCGCCAGGACAGACCCCGCGGGCUGGAGCAGCCGGUUCCCCAAGCACUGAGGAGACCCGCGGGGUGGUUCGCGCUGUCCCGGGCACGUUCCUGCUCAUGCCAAUGGCAACCGUGAGCGGGGCCCGCGGGAAUGGCCCCGCUCAGUGAGGAGGCGCGGCGGGACUCUGGCCCUGCACUGGCGGCAGCCGCGGGCCCUAGCGAGGGACGGGCCGGGCUGCGCCGACCCGUCCCGGGAGGCCGCGGCCAAGCUCUGCCCCGCGCGGUGACGUCAGUGCCUCCGCCGCGUGGCGUCACGGCCCUGUGACGUCACUGAACAUCCCCGUCCCCGCCGGGCUCCCGCUGACCGAGCGUUCCGGCCGGGCCGGUGUUUCCGGGGAAGGACUCGCUGGCGCUUCCGGCGCGGGCGGAGGAAGUGACGGCGGGUUUGUUGACAGCGGAGGCUGCGGCGGGGGGAGCGGGCCCGAGCAGGACGCGGACCCCGGCCCGCCCCGGGGAGCCGGGACCAGCCGGGACCAGUCCCCCAUGGCGCCAGCUAUCCUGAUGACUCCAUAAAUUCAUCCCAGGACUUCAUUUGAGAGAAGGAUCUCCUGCAUCAAACGCUUCCUUCUGCUCUUCCCCUUCCCAUAAUUUCCCUCAAGAUGGCAUCCGACAGUCCCGAGUCGCUGAUGACCUUGUGCACUGAUUACUGCCUUCGCAACCUGGAGGGGACUCUCUGCUACCUCCUGGACAACGAAACGCUCCGGCUCCAUCCCGACAUCUUCCUGCCAAGCGAGAUCUGUGACAAACUUGUCAACGAGUACGUGGAGCUGGUGAAGACAGACAGCAUCUUUGAACCCCACGAAAGCUUCUUCACCCUCUUCUCAGACCCACGGAGCACCAGGCUAGCUCGGAUCCACCUGCGGGAGCACAUCGUGCAGGACCAGGACCUGGAGGCCAUCAGGAAGCAGGAUCUUAUUGAGCUCUACCUGACUAACUGUGAGAAGCUGACAGCCAAGAGCCUGCAAACCUUGGUGAGCUUCAGCCACACACUGAUCUCCCUGAGCCUCUUUGGCUGCAGCAAUAUCUUCUACGAGGAGGAGAAUCCUGGGGGCUGUGAGGACGACUGCCUGGUGAACCCCACUCGCCAGGUCUUGGUCAAGGACUUUACUUUUGAAGGCUUCAGCCGCCUGCGCAUCCUGAACCUGGGCCGCCUGAUCGAGGGGGUAAACGUGGAGACGCUGCUGCGGCCCCUGGCCUCCCUUGCAGCUCUCGACCUUUCUGGGAUCCAGCUGAAUGAUGUGGGAUUCCUGACCCAGUGGAAGGACAGUCUGGUUUCCUUAGUGCUUUACAACAUGGACCUUUCAGAGGAGCACAUCCAAGUGAUUGCACAGCUUCGCAAGCUCAGGCACCUGGAUAUCUCUCGAGACCAUCUGUCCAGUUAUUACAAGUUCAAGCUGACCCGGCGGGUUCUAAACUUGUUUGUGGAAAACCUGGUGAACCUCACUUCGCUCGACAUCUCAGGGCACACCAUGCUGGAGAACUGCACUAUCCCCAGCAUGGAGGAGAAGAUGGGCCAGACAAGCAUUGAGCCAGCAAAGAGCAGCAUUGCUCCCUUCCGGGGUCUGAAACGACCACUGCAGUUCUUGGGCCUUUUUGAAACAUCCCUCUGCCGCCUGACCCACAUUCCAGCCUACAAGGUGAGUGGAGACAAGAACGAAGAGCAAGUCCUGAAUGCCAUCGAGGCUUACACCGAGCACCGGCCGGAAAUCACUUCCCGGGCCAUCAACCUGCUUUUCGACAUUGCCCGCAUCGAGCGCUGCAGCCAGCUGCUGAGAGCCCUCCAGCUGGUGAUCACAGCCCUCAAGUGCCACAAAGAUGACAAAAACAUCCAGGUGACAGGCAGCGCCGCGCUGUUCUACUUGACCAACUCUGAGUACCGCAUGGAGCAGAGCGUGAAGCUGCGCCGCCAGGUCAUCCAGGUGGUGCUGAAUGGCAUGGAGUCCUACCAGGAGGUCACAGUCCAGCGGAACUGCUGCCUGACACUGUGUAACUUCAGCAUUCCCGAGGAGCUGGAGUUCCAGUACCGCCGAGUGAACGAGCUGCUGCUGAACAUCCUCAACCAAAGCCGGCAGGACGAAUCCAUCCAGCGCAUCGCUGUGCACCUCUGCAAUGCCCUGGUCUGCCAGGUGGACAACGACCACAAAGAAGCCGUGGGCAAGAUGGGGUUUGUCAUGACAAUGCUAAAGUUGAUUCAGAAGAAGUUGGCUGAUAAAACGUGUGAUCAGGUGAUGGAGUUCUCCUGGAGUGCCCUCUGGAACAUCACUGAUGAGACCCCAGAUAACUGUGAGAUGUUCCUUAACUACAGUGGCAUGAAACUGUUCUUGGAGUGCUUGAAAGAGUUCCCAGAGAAACAGGAGCUGCACCGCAACAUGCUGGGCCUCCUGGGCAAUGUGGCAGAAGUGAAGGAGCUCCGCCCACAGCUCAUGACCUCCCAGUUCAUCAGUGUGUUCAGCAACCUGCUGGAGAGCAAAGCUGAUGGGAUUGAGGUGUCAUAUAAUGCCUGUGGAGUGCUCUCCCAUAUCAUGUUUGAUGGUUUAGAGGCCUGGGGGAUCUGUGAGCCUCACAGAGAAGAAGUUGUGAAGAGGAUGUGGGCAGCCAUCCAGAGCUGGGAUAUCAAUUCCAGGAGAAAUAUCAAUUACAGGUCAUUUGAACCAAUCCUUCGACUUCUUCCACAAGGGAUCUCCCCAGUCAGCCAGCACUGGGCCACCUGGGCACUCUACAACCUGGUCUCUGUCUACCCUGACAAGUACUGCCCACUGCUGAUCAAAGAAGGUGGGAUUCCUCUCCUGAAGGACAUGAUUAAAAUGGCCUCAGCACGACAAGAGACCAAGGAAAUGGCCCGGAAAGUUAUAGAGCACUGCAGUAACUUUAAGGAGGAGAACAUGGACACUUCCAGAUAGAGGCAAUCACCCAAUGCCUCUUGCCAGCACUGUAUCCAGCUUCUCUCUAACUCACUGUACAUAGGGAGGACUCUUUCUUACCAACUCGCCCGUUGGAAGGAAACUUUAUGUGUGUGUGUGAGACCCUCAGUAGAUGAAGGUGAAUAGGGGAGGGGGGAGGGACUUUUUGCACAACAAAAUGCUUUCCUUAACUUAGUGGACUUUUUUGUUAUGAAGUUUCAGGUUGAAGUUCUGUGUGUAUGAUUUCUGUAUAAAAAGAAAACAAAAAACAAAGACAAUUACAUUUAUGUAUCUUUUAACCUUUUAUUUUAGACCACACAGAGAGCCUCAAAUGACCAUGAGCUUGAAGACCUAGUUGUGUGAUCACUAGUGUGACAUGUUUAUUUCCUACUUUUUAGAAAAUUCCCUUUUGCUGUACUGCAUGAGGUCCUGUGAUGUCUGCAAGAACACCGGUCCUGAAUCAGCAUUGGCUGCUCAGUGGGGCAACAGGCAGUGAUGAGUUAUUUAUUUGGUUAGAGAGGUUGGGGGACACAAUACCAGAGAGAUAGACCAAAAGAAUUGACAUUUUAGUGAGACUUAGAAAUGGAAAAACUAGAGAAGAUCUUUGAAGCUAAUUCACUCCCUUAAGGGCUUUUUAAUAGAAGACUCACAUUAAUGGAAACAUUGCUAAUUCUAUGUGGGUCAUUUGGAAGUAAGACAUUCCCAAUGAAGUCAAGAGGUCUGUUUUGUCCCCAUUGGCAGUACAGUAGGAUCUGCCAGCCCACCCAGCCUCAAAAGGUCAGGGAUGACCAGUAGAACCAGUUAUUCAUUCUUGGCUACACAGAGCUUCUCUCUUGAAGGGAGUCUGUGCAACAAGGCACAAGGUUUGUUCACAAAGGGCUACAUAUCUUCAUUCCAGUCCUUCACCACCUUUUUUAGUUGUGUUCUGUUUUGUAGGGAAGGGCUACAAAGCCAGAGUAUUUCCCUCUGCAUACUAUUCUCUGCUAGGCCCUAGUCCUGAGCAGCUGUACCCCCUCAUGCAAGUCCCAGAAGGGACUGGAGCUGUUCUGCCCUUCCUCAGUCUGUGUCAUCACAAGCUGUACUCAGUAGCAUCACACUCUCCCUCACUCUCCUGCUCACUGCAGCACAACUGCUGGAAUUGGAGGUGGGGAGUCUCCAGGCACCCUCUGAAGGGCAGUCCCAGGAAACAGCACCUUUUGUUCCACCCCAACAUCUUCCCCCUAUUCUCAGAAGCAGAAGGCCCUAUUCCUCUCUGACUCCCAGAAGCACUUACCAGUGCAGUCCCAGUCCCAUCAGCAGCAUUACUCCAGUCUGUGUGACACAGGUGAGAGGAAAGUCCCACUGAGCUGGUCUUCACCUGUGACACUCCAGACCUAUAAUGGCUCAAGAAGCUGAAGGCCAAGGUUUGCCUCACAGCCAGGCACUCAACAGCACAGUUGUCUAUGUCAUAGCCCACUGCUCAUCACAGUUCUUUGACAAAUCUUCCCUUAGAAGGGACUCAGAAAAGAUGCCGUGCCUGGUAGAAGGAAGAUGAGCCCAUGGCCAUGCAGGCUGGGACAUUUCAGGCCUCAGAGCACAGUAACUCGCUGCUCUCUUCCCUUGUACCCUUUGCUCUCGGAUUUGAGUCGCUGCUAUGAGGUUCUGCUAAUGCUCAGAGUUCAUGUUGUCCUUGUGAGCACGUUAGAGAUGGAUCCUUGAUCCACAAACUGACACUUUAACUGACAAAACACAACUGCCUGGAGAGGUUUACUUUUACUGCCAAUACGGUGUUAUUCAAUGUCUUUUUUUUUUUUUCUUUUUAACCAUACGUCAAUUUGUUUUGGUAUUGUGAGAUCUGUACUAUUUUCUUUUAAGUAUUUUUCAAACUUAUAUAUAUUUUUGUGUCACUUUUAAAUUGUUUUCAUAAGAUUGCAAAACUUGACAAAUUAUACUUUUUUGCAGUCAUUUGAAAUGUAUUUUUCUCUUAUUCUUGUUUCCCAAGAAUUUGUGUCCCUAUGAGCUUUUAGAUGGGGAAGCUUAUUUCAAGAUCUGUUUUCUGUGUAACAUUUGCUAAUCUUCCUUCUAGAUGCAAAACUAAGAGGGGCUGCAAAUACAGCCUUGGUUGUUAGGGGAGUCAGGCUUUGCUCUUUAGCCUCCAUUUAGUGCUGCUGUCCUUGGGAAGUUGUUUCACAUGGCAAUACCACCCACCACAUCUGCUUCCUUUCCAAUGCCCAUGUAGUGAAAGCUCCUGCCACUAAAAUCUUGAACCAACUGACAAAAAGCACUCAAGAUUCUGACCAUGUUGGCAAGGUAGGAGUAGAGCAGAAGGGGACAGAUGACAGAUAUGAGGUAUCAGAAAGCCUUGUCCCCAGAAAGCAGCUGCCACGCUGGGGAGACAGUGGAGCUGGGAAACUCCCAUCUCAGCUGGAGCAGAUCCCAGCCUCUCACUGCAAUCCAAGCCAAGCAGCUGGGCUCUAUUCUGAGACUUUAGCACAACUACGUCAAGGCUAAUAAUAACCAAUGCCUUAAGACCCCAAAGGUUUGGGGUGCUUCCACAAGUUGAGCAGUUACUGGAGUCUCACCUGCUGCAUCCCAAACUAACAAGAUCCACGCUGCAUCAAAGCUGUUUCACACUGCAGAGGUAACUUCUGUUCUCACUGCUCACAGAAUCUCAGCAAGCUGUACCUCAGCCUGAACCAGGUUAAAAAGAUUUCAAUUUCCCAGCAAUAAGGAGAUGAAUGGAACCAGGCCAGGCUGUCAGAAAAGCUCAGCUUGCUGAAAUCUGUCACCAUUCCCAGGUGAAAGAGGGAACUCUUAACUGGGCAACUGCAGAAAGCCUCACGUAAGAUUUUGAGUCAGGCCACCAGCAAGGUAAAUGCCUAAAGCAGCACAUUAAAAGGAGUAACACCCCUGUUAGAGUAACAUGAGCUUUGCCUACAAGUUUCAGUGUCUUCAAGAUUUUGUGAGCUGAAAAAUAACAUUUUCCCUUCAGUAAGGAUCAAAGAGUAAAAAGUAUCCUUUGAGCACCAGAGCACAAUCCAACAAUUCCCCUAAUCAGAAGUCUGAAACUAGUUUGGGCCGCAGUCUCCCUAACUGAAACAACGGUAUAUGCAUGACCUGCAAACGUUUUUUGGUGGCAAGGAUUUAACUGGUGCCAUAGAUGCAGAGCUGAGGACAGAACAGGAGAGUUGCCUGCAGACAUCACAUCAAUGUUCUGCAAAGGAAGCGAGGGCCAAGUGGCAGAUUUUUUAUGAAGGUUUAAUGUAAAAGGGGAAGUUGGAUACCCUGAAAUGCUUGACUGCUCCAGGGAUGCCUUUCAGGCCUUCCAGCUUUGCUGGAUCAAAGGAACAAGCCAGGAAACUUCAGCUCCACACAAAAUUAUACAGCCAGUGAUCAACCCUGCUCAGAAAACCAGAAUGGGGUUCUGUUUUUCAAAUGAAAAUCCAGCUGUAGAGAAGUUCAUAGCACGUAAGGAUAUUGCAGAGGGGCUCCUUGUGCUCAAUAGCUGUUGGCCCACUCAGACUCUUCAUGUUUUCACUACUACAUUUCCUUUAAUAUUCCAAAGCUUGGCAAGCAGAGCAUGAACAUGUACAACAUGUAUAACAACUCAGUAGCUCCCUGCAGAGACUGUGCAAACAAAGGAACCCUCCACCUGAACUGUGUGUGGUUUCCUUCCUGGCUGGAGGCUGCCCUGUCCUCCAGUGGCCCUUGUCAGUGACCCAGCAGUGCCAGGUGUCCAUGUUCUCUGGAGCAGAUAAGAGCAAACUGGUGAGCAACUUCCCACCAGUGCUUCCAUUUUACAAAAUCUGUGGGAGGAAUUGCUCAUAAGGAUUGGCAUCUACUUGGAUGAUGUUUAACACCCAGAAGCACCAGACUUUCUCAUCUAGACCAAGCCAAGAAAGUUUAGCACUGAUAUUUGUGGCAAUCAGAACACUGCAGAUAAUUCAUCUGCACCAUGGCUGCUGUUUCCCUGCACCUUCCUACUGAAAUUACCCUCUUCAGCACUGAAUCCUACCCAGCUUGUCACCUUGGCUGGGCUUCUGCUGCUGUCACUCUGGCCUCUGCAAAAGAUGAGUGGGAAGAAAAGUCUUGGAGCUGUGAGUCAGUUCCCUCUCAUUACCUGAAGAAGGCAAUUAAUUACCAGUAGGGCAAGAGCUAGAGGGCACUGCAGUCAGGCACUAUCCAUAGAAAAGACAUUUCCUUGAGACUGUUUAGGGAGGAAUCUGCCACAGCUCAGGUGUUAGAGGACAGCUUGUGCUGGAAACAGAUAAUUAAAAGUAGGGAAACAGCUGGUCUCCAAGACAACCAUGUAUAUGGAUGAAGCACAGAGGGCAAUACUCAUCAGGAAUAGAUGAAAAGCAACACAGGGGCUGAAGGAGAAGAGAGCACUUAAGGAAUGAGGGAGAUACUCUGCUGAACUGAAACACUUUUGCUUUAGCAGACUGUUUUGAUUUCAUAUAAUUGUCACUGAUUCUCUCUGUAACUCUUGUUUUAAAAAAAGUUUUUAAGCUAACUAAAUAUGUAUUUCCUUGUUUUGCAAUGAAAAUACCCUCAGUUAUAAUGAGCAAGUGUCUCCUUUUACUCUGUCCAUGGACCUGCCUGAUGCUGAGGCCUGGUUCAAAUGUUUGUACCUGGUGAAACUGAGCAAAAAAUCAAAAUGCACAACUGUUGCUUCCUUACAAUUCUGAAUGAAUUAACUUUUCUGUUGUAUCCGUUGGAUACCCUCUGUGUAUUAAACCUAGCGCUCAAGAGUGUCUUCUUCCUUUGUUCUAUGAAUGUGGUUUAUUUAGGUACAUUACUGGUCCAUUGGCUGUCAUAUAUUUAAUUAAAAAUGAACUGCCACGUGUUGA